UAUUCCAGAAAGUCCCCUAAAAAACUCCCCAAAUCCAAAGUCUCUGCUACACUUAUCACUGCUCUCUGCACAUACACAGUUUUAUACAUACAAACAACCAUACAUUUACAGACAGCCAUACUUUUACAAAUCUCGUGUUUGAAGCUCACUUUGUGUAUUUAUAGAUCUGUUUACAUGACUUGCACAAAUAUAUACAUAUAUAUACACACGAUUACUUAAAGCUGAAAAGUGAAGAGGGACUUAUUUGGAAGUGAAGGACUACUGAGAUCAGAGAUGCUUGAUGGUAUACUAAACCGUGGAUUCAGCUCCAAAUGCAAAUCGUUGAUAAAGGCAACGAGAACGCGAAUCGAGGUGGUGAGACGGAGAGCAGAGGCGAAACAAAGGUUUUUGAAGGAAGAUCUUGCCAAAUUGCUUGAUAAUGGCCUCGAUAUUAAUGCUUUUGGAAGGACUGAAGAAAUUUUGCUAGGGCAGAGCCUCUUAUACUGCUACGACUUUGUGGAACAAUCUUGUGAAUAUAUUGUAAAGCAGCUCUCCUACAUGCAGAAAUUAAGGGACUGUCCUGAGGACUGCAGAGAAGCUGUGGCAUCAUUGAUGUUUGCUGCAGCAAGAUUCUCUGAUUUGCCAGAAUUGAGAGAGCUAAGGGAUUUAUUUCAGGAGAGAUAUGGGAACUCCUUGGAAUGUUUUGUUAACCAGAAGUUUGUUGAGAAAUUAUCUUCAAGACCCCCUGCAAUGGAGAAGAGAAUUCAGCUGUUGCAAGGUAUAGCUUUAGAAUUUUCUAUAAGGUGGGAUUCCAUGGGAUUUCAACAAAGGAUGGCACUUGCACAGGCCAAACCAAUCAGGAGUGGAUCUUCACAUUCUUCUACUGGCAACAACAUCCUACCAAAUGGCAAGGGUGGUGGUUCAAAAACUGAUAAACUCGAUGUUGCACUUGGUGAAAGGCACAAGGGCUUUAAUGAUCAACAUAAUAUACAGAAUGGCAGAGAGGGUAUUGUCUUAAAGAAAGAGCAGCGGGAUCUUCAUUCCUCUGAAACGAAAGAAUCAAGUAUGCAUGGAAAUAAACCGCUUAUAAAGCAGGAAGCUAGUUAUUCCAAGGGGCGAAAACAUGAUAUGUUGUUUGAUAAAGAGGUGGAACAGACAAGGAUAAGAAACAAAGCAGUCCUAGAGAAAGAUGAUAAUUCAAUAAAGAAUGCAAAAUCAGGCAGUUCAUCACAUGGAGAGAGGCUAGAAGGUUUUGAUAAUAAAUUCACUAGAUACAAUGAAAAUCAUGGUCAGAUUCUCAUGGAAAGAUCAGAGAGUAGGGGACUCCCUUUCAAAACUGAUGGUGUCUCUUCUGCUUGGAACACAGCCAUUGAAAAGAAUACUGUUUACUCAACAAGAAUGGUUCAGCAGGAAAAUGGAAAUAGGUUGACAUCCUAUGCCAACCUUGUUCUCCCUCCACCAUAUAUUAAGUCCAAAGAGAAAGCCGUUCCUCCUCCCUAUGUAAAACCAAGUGAUAGCAAAGAAAGAGCCCGUAAGGGUUCUAAGCAGUCUGCUUCUGAAUUUGAUGGGCAUUUCAGAAGCACCUCUCCACGCAAUAAACUUGAUACAAACAAGACCAAUAAAGAAUCAGAUCUUCCUGAUGAUGAGGCUCAAACUAUUAAACCCCCUGUACUAAAUAGUCACGGUCAUGAGAAAGAAUUAUCUCAUAAGGAUGGUUUGACCUUGCCAAAACCAAGAUCUGUAAGGAGAAAGCACCAUAAAUCAGUGUCAAAUCGCGGCGAAGAGGGGAAGUCUGAAGAUGCCAGGGUGGUCAAGAAAAGUUCAAGUAGCCGGAGAAGGGAACAUUCGAGGAAAGGCGUGCAGAUUUUGUUUGAGGAUGAAAGCCAUCAGAAAGAUGAUGAGGAAAGAAUGAUAGAUAAACUGUUGCUGCAUUACAGUAAAAAACCAUCAAAAUGUGAUGUGGAGACUCUGAGGAAAAAGCCACAAGCUCAUCUUUCACAUCUGACAACUCGUGAUACUGGUGAAUCCUCAAAUAAUCAAACCAACAGAGAUCAACAUCAAAUGGGAUCAGAUAUGCUUCCUUUCCCCAAAAGAUCUAUUUCCCUCCCACAUGAGCAAACUGCUCCAUCAGAGGCAACAAAGGUAUUUGCUCGUGCCAAUUCAUUUCAGCCAGACAACCAGGCAUGUCAUGUGCAUCCAAAACUACCAGAUUAUGAUGAUUUGACUGCCCGAUUUGCUGCUUUAAGAGGCCGAUAAUUUUAAUAAUAGGUUAACCUUGGGGAGUGGUAACCAUUUUUGUUUACUCUGGUGUGUGUUACCUCUUCACAUUCAUUUACACAUGUUGNUCACAUUCAUUUACACAGGUUGAUCUUGUCCUUAGCUGUUUACUGACUGGAACCUGUUAACUUGUAACCUGUAUUACUUGACAACCUGUACCCAAAAUAUUCAUCUUGAUGUUCUCAUAGGCACAGGUUUCCAAAUACUACAGGUAGGAGGCAUAGAGCUGCAUCAUAUAACAUGUUUCAUGACGUAAAUGAUGUCCAGGCACAUUUACGGCUUUAGCUGUUCCUUGCUCUAAAUCCCAUUUGCGUACUAGUUGAUUGUAAAACUGUAACCAUUCAUGAUUCAUAUGUAACCUUGAUCUUUGAGGC